CCCCGCCCCCCGCCCGGCCCCUGCGCGCCGAGGUGCGCGCGCCCGCGCGUAUGUGUGUGAGUGCGUGUCCUGCUCGCUCCAUGUUGCCGCCUCUCCCGGUACCUGCUGCUGCUCCCGGGGCUGCGGGAAAUGCGAGAGGCUGAGCCGGGGAGGAGGAACCCGAGCAGCAGCGGCGGCGGCGGCCGCGGCGGCGGCGGCGGGAGGAGCCCCCCAGGAGGAGGACCGGGAUCCAUGUGUCUUUCCUGGUGACUAGGAUGUCGUCGGAGGAGGACAAGAGCGCGGAGCAGCCGCAGCCGCCGCCACCACCCCCCGAGGAGCCCGGAGCCCCGGCCCCGAGCCCCGCAGCCGCAGACAAAAGACCUCGGGGCCGGCCUCGCAAAGAUGGCGCUUCCCCUUUCCAGAGAGCCAGAAAGAAGCCUCGAAGUAGAGGAAAAACUGCCGUGGAAGAUGAGGACAGCAUGGAUGGGCUGGAGACGACAGAAACGGAAAAUACUGUGGAAGCAGCAGAAAUCAAAGAGCAGUCUGCGGAAGAGGAUGCUGAAGCCGAAGCGGACAGCAGCCGACGGCCGGUGCCAGCCCUUCAGCGCUCUGUGUCGGAGGAAUCCGCGAGCUCCCUGGUCUCCGUCGGUGUGGAAGCCAGAAUCAGUGAACAGCUCUGCGCUUUUUGUUACUGUGGUGAAAAAAGUUCCUUAGGACAAGGAGACUUAAAGCAAUUUAGAGUAACGCCUGGGUUUAUCUUGCCGUGGAAAAGCCAGCCUUCUAACAAGAAGGACAUUGAUGACAACAGCAAUGGAACCUGUGAGAAAAUACAAAACUCAGCACCACGAAAACAAAGAGGACAGAGAAAAGAACGAUCUUCUCUGCAGAAUAUCGUAUCUUGUGUAAGUGUAAGCACGCAGACCGCUUCAGAUGAUCAGGCUGGUAAAUUGUGGGAUGAACUCAGUCUGGUUGGCCUUCCAGAUGCUCUCGAUAUCCAAGCCUUAUUUGAUCCUACAGGCACUUGUUGGGCUCAUCACCGUUGUGUGGAGUGGUCACUGGGGGUGUGCCAGAUGGAGGAACUGUCGCUAGUGAACGUGGACAAAGCUGUUGUCUCAGGGAGCACAGAACGAUGUGCAUUUUGUAAGCACCUUGGAGCCACUAUCAAAUGCUGUGAAGAGAAAUGCACCCAGACGUACCAUUAUCCUUGUGCUGCGGGAGCCGGAACCUUUCAGGACUUUCGGAACUUCUUCCUUCUGUGUCCAGAGCACAUCGACCAAGCUCCUGAGAGAUCAAAGGAAGAUGCAAACUGUGCAGUGUGCGACAGCCCGGGAGACCUCUUAGAUCAGUUCUUUUGUACUACUUGUGGUCAGCACUAUCAUGGAAUGUGCCUGGAUAUAGCGGUUACUCCAUUAAAACGUGCAGGUUGGCAAUGUCCUGAGUGCAAAGUGUGCCAGAACUGCAAACAAUCGGGAGAAGAUAGCAAGAUGCUAGUGUGUGAUACGUGUGACAAAGGGUAUCAUACUUUUUGUCUUCAACCAGUUAUGAAAUCAGUACCAACCAAUGGCUGGAAAUGCAAAAAUUGCAGAAUAUGUGUAGAGUGUGGCACACGAUCUAGUUCUCAGUGGCACCACAAUUGCUUGGUAUGUGACAGUUGUUACCAACAACAGGAUAACUUAUGUCCUUUCUGUGGGAAGUGCUACCAUCCAGAAUUGCAGAAAGACAUGCUUCAUUGUAAUAUGUGCAAAAGAUGGGUUCACUUAGAAUGUGACAAGGCAACAGAUCAUGAGCUGGAUUCUCAGUCCAGAGAAGAGUACAUCUGCACGUAUUGUAAACACAUAGCCGCGGAGCUGGGUCCCUUACAGGCAGGCGACGGAGUGGAGAUGGCCGAAGUCACUGCAGAUUAUAACAAUGAGAUGGAAGUUGAAGGACCUGAGGACCAUAUGGUAUUUCCAGAGCGAGCGGUUAAUAAAGAGAUCAGCGGUCAGGAGUCCACACCUGGAAUUGUUCCAGACGCAGUUCCCAUCCACACAGAAGAGCAGCAGAAGAGUCAUCUCCCAGGAAGUCUUGAUACACGUGGUCUUCUCGCUUCUGAAUCCUUCCAAGAUAAAAUGAAUCCUGAAAUGGAAAAUCAGAUUUCUCAUGAAACUGAUAGUGAAGAAAUGGAAAUGUCUUCUAAAGUGAUACAUGUUUGUGAAGAUCAAAAUGAAAACAAAAUGGAAGUGACAGAAAAUGUCGACGUCCACGCACAGCAGAUCAUUGUGCGGCACGAGGACCCGCGGUUAGAGGACCCCGGAAUGUUGACGUCUGCAGAAGAAUCACGGCCUCCAAAACUGACCAUUGAGUCUGCCGCCGUUCCACCAGAUGCCGUAGGGUCCUCAUGUGAGGAAGGUCCUGCUUUAUGUCCUAAGGAGCAGCCGCCUGUAGAAAGGGUAGAAGAAGAAACAGAACAGAAACCAAGUUCCGGCUCUUCCACUGCCUUUACGGACUUUGAAAUGGCUCCUGCCGUCGAGGGCUGCGUGAAAGAUGGUUUAUGCCAAGAAGACAAACCUGUGAAAUUACCACCCGAGACAGAGCUGUCAUUUGUGUCUGCCACAGACGUAAGCAAGGCACAUGUGUCUUCCUCUCCGCUUUCUUCAGACUUGCCUUCCCAUGACAUACUGCACACUUACCCUUCAACCCUCAAUGCUUCUGUUGGAAACAUUCUGCCGACAACGUAUAUCUCCGUCACUCCAAAAAUCGGCAUGGGUAAACCAGCUAUUACCAAAAGAAAAUUUUCUCCUGGUAGACCUCGGUCCAAACAGGGGGCUUGGAGUACCCAUAAUACAGUGAGCCCACCUUCCUGGUCCCCAGACAUUUCAGAAGGUCGGGAAAUUUUUAAACCCCGGCAACUUCCUGGCAGUGCCAUUUGGAGCAUCAAAGUGGGCCGCGGGUCAGGAUUUCCCGGGAAGCGGAGACCCCGUGGUGCAGGAUUGUCAGGACGAGGUGGCAGAGGCAGGUCAAAACUGAAAAGUGGAAUCGGGGCAGUUGUGUUACCUGGGGUGUCUGCUGCAGAUGUCUCAUCCAAUAAGGACGAAGAAGAAAACUCCAUGCACAACACAGUGGUGCUGUUUUCCAGUAGCGACAAGUUCACCUUGCACCAGGAUAUGUGUGUAGUUUGUGGCAGUUUUGGCCAAGGAGCAGAGGGAAGAUUACUUGCCUGUUCUCAGUGUGGCCAGUGUUACCAUCCAUACUGUGUCAGUAUUAAGAUCACUAAAGUCGUUCUUAGCAAAGGUUGGAGGUGCCUGGAGUGCACCGUGUGUGAGGCCUGUGGGAAGGCGAGUGACCCCGGAAGACUCCUGCUCUGUGAUGACUGUGACAUAAGCUACCACACCUACUGCCUCGCCCCUCCUCUGCAGACCGUGCCCAAGGGGGGCUGGAAGUGCAAAUGGUGUGUUUGGUGCAGGCACUGUGGAGCGACAUCUGCGGGUCUGCGAUGCGAGUGGCAGAACAACUACACACAGUGUGCUCCCUGUGCAAGCCUGGCUUCCUGCCCCGUCUGCUGCCGGAACUACCGAGAAGAAGACCUUAUUCUGCAGUGCAGACAGUGUGAUAGAUGGAUGCACGCAGUUUGUCAAAACUUAAGUACUGAAGAGGAAGUGGAAAAUGUAGCCGACAUUGGUUUUGACUGUAGCAUGUGCAGACCCUAUAUGCCUACAUCAAAUGUGCCUUCCUCAGACUGCUGUGAAUCCUCCCUCGUAGCACAGAUUGUCACAAAAGUGAAAGAGCUAGAUCCACCCAAGACGUAUACCCAGGAUGGCGUGUGUUUGACUGAAUCAGGGAUGACUCAGUUACAGAGCCUCACAGUUACAGUUCCCCGAAGAAAACGGUCAAAACCAAAGCUGAAGUUGAAGAUUAUAAAUCAGAACAGUGUGGCCGUCCUUCAGACCCCUCCAGACAUCCAGUCAGAACAUUCAAGGGAUGGAGAAAUGGAUGAUAGUCGAGAAGGAGAACUUCUCGAUUGUGAUGGUAAAUCAGAAUCUAGUCCUGAACGGGAAGCUGUGGAUGAUGAAGCUAAGGGAGUAGAAGGAACAGAAGGUGUAAAAAAGAGAAAAAGGAAACCGUACAGACCAGGUAUUGGUGGAUUUAUGGUACGACAAAGGAGUCGAACUGGGCAAGGAAAGACGAAAAGAUCUGUCGUCCGAAAAGAUUCCUCAGGCUCUAUUUCUGAGCAGUUACCUAACAGAGAUGAUGGCUGGAGCGAGCACUUACCAGAUGCUCUAGUUGACGAAUCCGUUUCUGUUACUGAAAACACUGAAAAAAUAAAGAAGAGAUACCGAAAACGGAAAAAUAAGCUCGAAGAAACGUUCCCUGCCUAUUUACAAGAAGCUUUCUUUGGAAAAGAUCUUCUAGAUACAAGUAGACAAAACAAGCUAAGUUUAGAUAAUUUGUCAGAAGAUACAGCUCAGCUUUCAUAUAAAACAAACAUGAACACAAAUUUCUUGGAUCCUUCCUUAGAUCCACUGCUUAGUUCCUCCUCAACUCCAGCAAAACCCGGGACUCACGGUACGACUGAUGACCCCUUAGCUGAUAUUUCUGAAGUCUUAAACACAGAUGAUGACAUUCUUGGAAUAAUUUCCGAUGACCUUGCAAAAUCAGUUGAUCAUUCAGGUCUUCAUUUAUGCACUUUCCAGGUUGAGAGCUCACCUUUUCCGUUUGCCGGAAUAGAUAUUGGUCCUGUUGCUGGUGACCCGGCCUCUUUGCCACAGCCAAGUGUCAAUCCAGGCUCCCGGCCGUUAAGUGAAGAGCAGCUGGAUGGAAUCCUUAGUCCUGAGCUAGACAAGAUGGUCACAGAUGGAGCGAUUCUUGGGAAGUUAUAUAAAAUUCCAGAGCUUGGAGGGAAGGAUGUCGAAGACUUGUUCACUGCUGUGCUGAGUCCUGCAGCCGCUCAGCCGGCCGCGUUUCCGCAGCCUCCCCCGCCCCCAGCGCCGCAGCUGGUGCCCAUACACAGUCAGGGUACGUCACCUCUAGAAAAGUUUCAUGUUUUUUCCCGGAUGCCACUCAUGAAUGGCCUUCUCGGGCCCAGCCCGCAUCUCCCGCACAAUUCUUUGCCUCCAGGAAGUGGCUUGGGAACUUUCUCUGCCAUCACACAGUCUCCUUAUGCUGAUGCCAGGGAUAAAAAUCCAGCAUUUAAUCCAAUGGCAAGUGAUCCUAACAGCUCUUGGACAUCAUCAGCUCCCACGGGGGAAGGAGAAAACGAUACAAUGUCAAACGCCCAGAGAAGUACACUGAAGUGGGAGAAGGAGGAGGCUCUGGGAGAAAUGGCUACAGUAGCACCUGUUCUCUACACAAACAUUAAUUUCCCCAACCUGAAGGAGGAAUUCCCUGACUGGACUACCAGAGUGAAGCAGAUUGCCAAGCUGUGGAGAAAAGCCAGUUCACAGGAAAGAGCACCUUACGUGCAAAAAGCCCGAGACAACAGAGCUGCUUUACGCAUUAAUAAAGUGCAGAUGUCAAAUGACCCGCUGAAGAGGCAGCAGCAGCAGGACAGCAUCGAUCCCGGUUCUCGCGUCGACUCGGACCUCUUUAAAGACCCAUUGAAGCAGCGAGAAUCAGAGCAUGAACAGGAAUGGAAAUUUAGACAGCAAAUGCGCCAGAAGAGCAAGCAGCAGGCCAAGAUCGAAGCCACGCAGAAGCUCGAGCAGGUCAAGAACGAGCAGCAGCAGCAGCAGCAGCAGCAGCUCGGGGCACAGCCCCUCCUGGCCCCUUCUGGCUCGGACACACCCAGCAGUGGGAUGCAGAGCCCCCUGACCCCGCAGCCUGGCAACGGAAGUGUGUCUCCCGCGCAUUCGUUCCAUAAAGACCUGUUUGCGAAGCAGCUCCCGGGCACCCCCACCUCUGCGCCUUCGGACGACGUGUUUGUAAAACCACAGGCCCCUCCUCCGGCGGCCACCCCGGCCCGUGUGCCCCUGCAGGAGGGCCUGCCGCAGCCUCAGGCCUGUCAGCCGGCCUCCCCGCAGGUGUUCUCGCCGGGAGCCUCUCACUCCCGACCGCCAUCUCCAAUGGAUCCUUACGCGAAAAUGGUUGGUACCCCAAGACCACCUCCUGGGGGCCAUAGUUUUUCCAGAAGAAACUCUGCUACGCUGGCGGACAGCUGUGCCCCUCUGCCUUCAGUCUCUAGGCCUCCUCAGAUGAGUGAAACAACAGCAAAUAGGCCGUCCCCAGUCAGAGAUGUAUGUUCUUCCUCCACAACGAGUAGUGACCCCUAUGCAAAGCCUCCAGACACACCCAGACCCAUGAUGACGGAUCAGUUUCCCAAACCCUUGGGCCUUCCCCGAUCCCCCGUAGUUUCCGAACAAACUGCAAAAGGUCCUCUCGCAGCUGGAACCAAUGAUCACUUUACUAAACCACCUCCGAGGACAGAUGUAUUUCAAAGACAGCGGAUAGCUGACCCAUACGCACGACCCUUGUUGACACCUGCCCCUCUUGAUGGGGGUCCUGGACCUUUUAAGACUCCACUGCAGCCCCCUCCAUCUGCCCAGGAUCCCUAUGGACCCGUGUCACAGCCACCAAGGCGAUUGUCUGUUGAUCCUUAUGAAAGGCCUGCUUUAACACCAAGACCUGUAGAUAACUUUCCUCAUAACCAGUCAAGUGACCCAUAUAGUCAGCCUCCCCUAACCCCACAUCCGGCGAUGAAUGAAUCUUUUGCUCAUCCUUCAAGGGCUUUUUCCCAGCCUGGAACCAUAUCAAGGCCAACAUCUCAGGACCCAUAUUCCCAACCCCCAGGAACUCCACGACCUGUUGUAGAUUCUUAUUCCCAACCCUCAGGAACAUCUCGCUCCAAUCCAGACCCUUACUCUCAACCUCCUGGAACCCCCAGGCCCACCACGAUUGACCCUUAUAGUCAGCAGCCACCAACCCCUAGGCCGUCUACACAGGCGGACUUGUUUGUUACAUCUGCCGCUAAUCAGAGGCAUGCGGAUCCAUAUGCCCAUGCCCCUGGAACACCAAGACCUGGGAUUUCUGUUCCUUACUCUCAGCCACCAGCAACACCAAGGCCAAGGAUUUCGGAGGGUUUUACUAGGUCCUCGAUGACAAGACCAGUCCUCAUGCCAAAUCAGGAUCCUUUCCUGCAAGCAGCACAGAAUCGAGGAGCAGCUUUGUCUGGCCCAUUGAUAAGGCCACCUGAUGCAUGUUCCCAAACGCCUAGGCCACCUGGACCUGGUAUUUCAGACACGUUUAGCCGAGUCUCCCCAUCUGCUACUCGCGACCCCUAUGAUCAGCCUCCAAUGACUCCGAGAUCUCAGUCUGACUCUUUUGGAACAAGUCAAGUCACACACGAUACUGUUGAUCAGUCAAGGCCUGGCUCGGAGGGGAGCUUCAGCGCGCCUUCACACUCUCCGAUGACUUCUCAAAGCCAGCAGUUUUCCGGUGUCUCCCAUCUUCCUGGACCUGUACCCACUUCAGGAGUCACUGAUACACAGAAUACCGUAAAUAUGUCACAAGCAGAGACAGAGAAAUUGAGACAGCGGCAGAAGUUACGGGAGAUCAUCCUCCAGCAGCAGCAGCAGAAGAAGAUGGCAGGCCGACAGGAGAAGGGGUCACAGGACCCCGCAGCGGUGCCUCACUCGGCGCCCUUGCCGCGCUGGCAGCCCGAGAGCGUCAGCCAGGCUUUCAGCCGGCCUCCACCCCCCUAUCCCGGGAACAUCACGUCACCCGUUGUCCCUCCUCUAGGACCCAGAUACGCAGUUUUCCCAAAAGAUCCACGUGGCCCCUAUCCUCCUGACGUUGCCAGUAUGGGGAUGAGGCCUCAUGGAUUCAGAUUUGGAUUUCCAGGAGGUAGUCAUGGUACCCUGUCAAGUCAAGAACGCUUCCUUGUACCUCCUCAACAAAUACAAGGAUCCGGGGUUCCUCCACAGCUGAGAAGAUCGAUAUCUGUAGAUAUGCCAAGGCCUUUAAAUAACGCACAGAUGAAUAAUCCCGUUGGCCUUCCUCAGCAUUUUCCACCACAGAGUCUGCCGGUUCAGCAGCAUAACAUACUGGGCCAAGCAUUUAUUGAACUGAGGCAUAGGGCCCCUGAUGGAAGGCCACGGCUGCCCUACACUGCUUCUCCCGGCAAUGUCAUAGAGGUACCUUCUCAUCCAAGACAUGGAAACUUCAUUCCCCGGCCCGACUUUCCAGGCCCUAGACACACAGAGCCCUUGAGACAACCUUCUCAGGGUCUACCAACUCAGCUGCCUUUGCAUCCAAAUUUGGAACAAGUGCCACCAUCUCAGCAAGACCAAGGUCAUCCUGCCCAUCCAUCUUCCAUGGUCAUGAGGUCUCUAAGUCAUCCCUUAGAUGGAGAAUUUUCAGAGGCCUCUUUGUCAACAUCUACACCAGCGGAAACAACGUCUGAUAAUUUACAGAUAACCACCCAAUCUUCUGAUAGUCUUGAAGAAAAACUUGAUUCUGAUGACCCAUCUGUAAAGGAACUAGAUGUUAAAGAUCUUGAAGGGGUUGAAGUCAAAGACUUAGAUGAUGAAGAUCUUGAAAAUUUAAAUCUAGAUACAGAAGAUGGCAAGGGAGAUGAAUUGGAUACUUUAGGUAAUUUGGAAACUAAUGAUCCCAACCUGGAUGACCUUUUAAAGUCAGGAGAAUUUGAUCUCAUUGCAUAUACAGAUCCCGAACUUGACCUAGGAGAUAAGAAAAGCAUGUUUAAUGAGGAACUAGACCUAAAUGUUCCGAUUGAUGAUAAGAUAGAUAAUCAGUGUGUAUCUAUUGAACCAAAAAAAAAGGAGCAAGAAGACAAAACUGUGGUUCCUCCUGAUAAACAUUCUCCAUGGAAAAAAUCCACAAGUACCAGUGAGAUAAAAACAGAAGUACUGUCUCCAAAUUCUAAAGGGGAAACCAAAUGUGAAAGUGAGAAAAGUGCUGAGAGUAAGGAUAAUGUUGACACUCCCUGCUCACAGGUUUCUGCUCACACAGACAUACAUGAUGGAGAGAAGGCUUCCUUGCAGUCCUGUGACACAGACCUACUUGAGAAAAGAGCUAAUCGAGAAACUGCUGCUUCCAACACAAGUGGUGUUCGUGGCUCCACUCAGCUGCCCGCUGAGGACGGAAUCAACUCCUGCAGCAUAACUGGAUCAACUCCAGUUCUCUCAAGUUUACUUGCUAAUGAAAAAUCCGAUAAUGCAGACAUUAGGCCAUUGGGGUCUCCACCACCAACUUUGCCAGCCAGUCAUGUGUCGUCACCGUCCAAUCAUGUGUCGAGUUUGCCGCCUCCUUUGAUGACACCACCUGGUCACGUUUUGGAUGGUACCGUGAAUUCUAAUGUGGCGGUCGUCUCUAGAGUAAACCAUACUUUUCCUCAGGGUGUGCAGGUAAAUCCAGGAUUCAUUCAGGCUCAGUCAGCAGUUAAUCAUGGUUUUGGGACCGGAAAACCUACAAAUCAAACUGUGCCUCUAACAAAUCAGUCUGGUACCAGUGGCAUGUCUGGACCCCAGCAGCUAAUGGUCCCUCAAACAUUAGCCCAGCAGAAUAGAGAGAGGCCCCUCCUUCUAGAGGAACAGCCUCUGCUUCUACAGGAUCUUCUGGAUCAAGAGAGACAAGAACAGCAGCAGCAGAGACAGAUGCAAGCCAUGAUUCGUCAGCGGUCCGAGCCAUUCUUCCCUAAUAUCGAUUUUGAUGCAAUUACAGACCCAAUAAUGAAAGCCAAAAUGGUGGCCCUUAAAGGCAUAAAUAAAGUAAUGGCACAAAACAAUAUGGGCAUGCCACCAAUGGUUAUGAACAGGUUCCCCUUUAUGGGCCAGUCGGUGGCGGGCUCGCAGAGCGGUGAAGGUCAGCGUCUCCUGCCCCCGGCAAUCUCCCAGGAUGGCAGUAUAACACAUCAGAUUUCUAGGCCUAAUCCUCCAAAUUUUGGUCCAGGCUUUGUCAAUGAUUCACAGCGUAAGCAGUAUGAAGAAUGGCUUCAGGAGACCCAACAGCUUCUUCAGAUGCAGCAGAAAUAUCUUGAAGAACAAAUUGGUGCACACAGAAAAUCUAAGAAAGCCCUUUCAGCAAAACAACGUACUGCCAAGAAAGCGGGGCGUGAAUUUCCAGAAGAAGAUGCAGAACAGCUCAAGCAUGUUACUGAACAGCAAAGCAUGGUUCAGAAACAGCUAGAACAGAUCCGCAAGCAGCAGAAGGAGCACGCGGAGCUGAUCGAGGACUACCGCAUCAAGCAGCAGCAGCAGCAGCAGCAGUGCGCCAUGGCCCCGCCUCCCGGGCUGCCGGGCGUCCAGCCGCAGCCGCCGCUCGUCCCGGGCGCUGCCCCGCCUGCGCUGAGCCAGCCCGGCUUCCCCAUGGUGCCACAGCCGCUGCCGCACGCAGCGGUCAUUUCGGGCCACGCUAGCCCUGCUAGAAUGCCUGGCUUGCCGGGGUGGCAGCCUCCCAGUGCUGCCGCCCACCUGCCCCUUAAUCCCGCAAGGAUGCAGCCUCCUGUCGCCCAGUUACCAAUACGAACUUGCACACCGGCCCCGGGGCCGGCGCCCGGGGCGAAUCCACAGAGUGGACCGCCACCGCGGGUGGAGUUUGAUGACAAUAACCCGUUCAGUGAAAGCUUCCAGGAACGGGAACGGAAGGAACGUUUGCGAGAACAGCAGGAAAGACAACGAAUCCAGCUCAUGCAGGAAGUAGACAGGCAGAGGGCUCUGCAGCAGGGCGGGGUGCAGCCUCACGGCCCGCUGCGCUCCCAGAUGCCGUUCUUCGGUUCCGACCUGCCCUGUGACUUCCCCCCGCCUCCCAGGCCCCAUCAGCAGUCCCCACAGCACCAGCAGCCGAUGGGGCCGGGCUCGCAGCCGCAGAGCGUGCCGCCGGCGCCCAUGAACUCCCCUCCCGCUCAGACUUUCCUGCAAACCGCUGAGCGAAGGCAGGUAGGACCGGCCCCCUUCGUUCCUGAUUCACCCUCAGUACCUGGCGGAAGCCCGAAUUUCCAUGCUGUCAAGCAGGUGCACGGAGGGCUUCCCGGGGCCGGCUUCCCGCAGUCCCCCGUGCGGCCUCCGUUCCCACCUGCCCUCCCUACGGCCCCUGCGGUGGCUAACAACAGUCUCCCUUGCGGCCAAGACCCUGCCGCCACCCAUGGACAGAGUUACCCGGGGUCGGCCCAGUCUCUCAUCCAGUUGUAUUCCGACAUAAUCCCCGAAGAAAAAGGGAAAAAGAAAAGAACAAGAAAGAAGAAGAAAGACGAGGAUGUGGAAUCCACCAGGGCGCCGUCCACCCCCCACUCCGACAUAACGGCCCCACCGACCCCGAGUGUCUCAGAAACUACCUCCACGCCCACGGUGAGCACACCCAGCGAGCCGCCGCCGCAGCCCGACCCGGACUCGGCCGAGCCCGGCCGCCCGUCGACUCCGGGCACGGCGGCCGGCCAGCAGGGCGUGGAGUUGGAAAGCAAGCUGCCCCACGGGGACUUACCGCAGGGAACCCCAAAUCCGCAGACGUGUGCCAACCCGGAGGCAGAGAAGCUCUCCGUGGAACCCCCUGCCGCCGCCGAGGAGACCACACCAGAGUCGGUUCAGCCGCUGCAGCAGUGCCUGGGCCAGGACGGCCCUGAGCCGGGGGAGCAGACGGGGAGGAAGGCCGAGGAGAGAGCGGCGGCCGGGCCCGUCUGCUCAGGGCAGAGUCCUCCCCAGUCUGCUGGGGCCCCUGCUGCCAAGGGAGAGUCGGGCAAUGAACUUCUGAAACAUCUGCUGAAAAAUAAAAAAUCAUCUUCCGUGUUAAGCCAAAAACCUGAAGGCAGCUUUUGUUCUGAAGAAGACUGUACAAAGGAUAACAAACCAGUUGAGAGGCAGAACCCAGUCGAAGGAUUGCGAACUUUGGGGGCUCCAGUGCAAGGUGGUUUUGGAUGUGGCAACAACCAAUUGCCAAAAACAGAUGGAGGAGGUGAAACCAAGAAACCUCGAAGCAAACGGACUCAGAGGACAGGGGAGAAGGCUGCACCUCGCUCCAAGAAAAGGAAGAAGGAUGAAGAGGAGAAACAAGCGAUGUACGCCACCGCCGACUCCUUUACCCACCUGAAGCAGCAGCUCUCUCUGCUCCCUCUAAUGGAACCAAUCAUUGGAGUGAACUUUGCGCACUUUCUUCCUUAUGGCAGUGGCCAAUUUAAUAGUGGGAGCCGACUUCUAGGAACUUUUGGCAGUGCUACCCUUGAAGGGGUUUCGGAUUACUAUUCUCAGUUGAUCUACAAGCAGAAUAAUUUAAGUAAUCCUCCAACACCCCCUGCCUCUCUUCCUCCUACACCACCUCCUAUGGCUUGUCAGAAGAUGGCAAAUGGUUUUGCGACAACUGAAGAACUUGCCGGAAGAGCUGGAGUAUUAAUGAGCCAUGAAGUUACCAAAAGUCUAGGACCUAAACCAUUUCAGCUGCCGUUCAGACCCCAGGAUGACUUGUUGGCCAGGGCUAUUGCUCAGGGCCCCAAGACAGUGGAUGUUCCAGCUUCCCUGCCAACACCUCCCCAUAAUAAUCAGGAAGAAUUAAGGAUUCAGGAUCACGGUGCUGAUCGGGACACUCCUGACAGUUUCGUUCCCUCGUCCUCCCCUGAGAGUGUGGUGGGGAUGGAAGUGAGCAGAUACCCAGAUUUGUCCUUGGUCAAAGAGGAGCCUCCAGAGCCCGUGCCGUCGCCCAUUAUUCCGAUUCUUCCGAGCAGUGCUGGGAAAGGUUUGGAAUCGAGAAGGAGUGACAUCAAAGCUGAGCCAGGCACUUUAUUUUUCACACCACCUUUUGGUUCAUCCCCAAACGGUCCCAGAUCGGGUCUUAUAUCUGUGGCAAUAACCCUGCAUCCUACAGCUGCCGAGAACAUUAGCAGUGUGGUGGCUGCAUUUUCCGACCUUCUUCACGUCCGAAUUCCUAACAGCUAUGAGGUCAGUAAUGCUCCAGAUGUUCCAUCAAUGGGUUUGGUCGGUAGCCACAGAGUAAACCCAGGCUUGGAGUGUCGACAGCAUUUAUUUCUUCGUGGGCCGCCGCCAGGACCUGCAAACCCUCCCAGAUUAGCCAGCUCGUACCGGCUGAAGCAGCCCGAUGGGUCUUUCCCUCCAACAAGCAAUGGUCUCUCCGGAUAUAAGGACUCUGGUCCCGGGAGAGCAGACAGUGCGGCACUCAGGCCGCAGUGGUGCUGUCACUGCAAGGUGGUGGUCCUCGGGAGCGGCGUGCGCAAGUCGUUCAGAGACCUGGCCUUUGUGAGCAAGGAUUCCCGAGAAAGCUCCAAUAGAGUGGAGAAGGACAUCGUCUUUUGUAGUAAUAACUGCUUCAUUCUUUAUGCAUCAACCACACAAGCAAAAAACUCAGAAAGCAAGGAAUCUGCUCCGCCGUUGCCACCGUCACCCGUGAAGGAGACGCCUUCCAGAGCAUUCCAUCAAUACAGCAACAACAUCUCCACUCUGGACGUGCACUGCCUCCCGCAGCUCCAGGAGGAGGCUUCUCCCCCGGCGUCACCCCCCAUCACUUUCCCUCCAGCGUUUGAAGCAGCCAAAGUAGAGGCAAAGCCAGACGAGCUCAAGGUAACGGUCAAGUUAAAGCCGCGGCUCAGGACCGUGCACGGCGGGUUUGAAGACUGUCGGCCCAUCAGUAAAAAGUGGCGAGGGAUGAGGUGGAAGAAGUGGAGCGUCCACAUCGUCAUCCCCAAGGGGGGCUUCAAACCGCCUUGUGAGGACGAGAUAGAUGAGUUUCUGAAGAAACUGGGCACUUCCCUCAAACCGGACCCCGUGCCCAAAGACUAUCGGAAGUGUUGCUUCUGUCACGAGGAAGGGGACGGGCUGACGGACGGGCCAGCAAGACUGCUCAACCUUGACCUAGACCUGUGGGUCCACUUGAAUUGUGCGCUGUGGUCCACAGAGGUCUACGAGACCCAGGCGGGGGCCCUGAUAAACGUGGAGCUGGCGCUGAGGAGGGGCCUGCAGAUGAAGUGCGUCUUCUGCCACAAGAUGGGCGCCACCAGCGGCUGUCACCGCUUCCGCUGCGCCAACAUUUACCACUUCACCUGCGCCAUUAAAGCACAAUGCAUGUUUUUUAAGGAUAAAACGAUGCUUUGUCCCAUGCACAAACCAAAGGGAAUUCACGAGCAGGAGUUAAGUUACUUCGCCGUCUUCAGACGGGUCUACGUCCAGCGCGACGAGGUGCGACAGAUCGCCAGCAUCGUGCAGCGCGGGGAGCGCGACCACACGUUCCGCGUGGGAAGCCUCAUCUUCCACACGAUUGGCCAGCUGCUUCCGCAGCAGAUGCAGGCCUUCCAUUCGCCCAAAGCGCUCUUCCCCGUGGGCUACGAGGCCAGCCGCCUGUACUGGAGCACCCGCUACGCCAACCGGCGCUGUCGCUACCUGUGCUCCAUCGAGGAGAAGGACGGGCGCCCCGUGUUCGUCAUCAGGAUCGUGGAGCAAGGCCACGAGGAUCUGGUCUUAAGUGAUUCCUCUCCUAAAGGUGUUUGGGAUAAAAUUUUGGAGCCCGUGGCAUGCGUGAGAAAACAGUCGGAAAUGCUCCAGCUUUUCCCAGCGUAUCUGAAGGGAGAAGACCUGUUCGGGCUCACGGUGUCUGCAGUGGCGCGGAUCGCGGAGUCCCUCCCGGGGGUGGAGGCGUGUGAGAACUACGCCUUCCGGUACGGCCGCAACCCUCUCAUGGAGCUCCCCCUCGCCGUGAACCCCACAGGCUGCGCCCGAUCCGAACCUAAAAUGAGUGCCCAUGUCAAGAGGUUUGUGUUAAGGCCUCACACCCUGAACAGCACCAGCACUUCCAAGUCCUUCCAGAGCACGGUCACGGGGGAGCUGAACGCGCCCUACAGCAAGCAGUUCGUGCACUCCAAGUCCUCGCAGUACCGCAAGAUGAAGACCGAGUGGAAGUCCAACGUCUACCUGGCCCGCUCCCGCAUCCAGGGGCUGGGCCUGUAUGCUGCCAGGGACAUCGAGAAGCACACCAUGGUCAUCGAGUACAUCGGCACGAUCAUCCGAAAUGAAGUUGCAAACAGGAAAGAGAAGCUGUAUGAGUCUCAGAACCGUGGCGUGUACAUGUUCCGCAUGGAUAAUGACCACGUGAUCGACGCGACACUCACAGGAGGGCCUGCCAGAUACAUCAACCAUUCGUGUGCUCCCAACUGUGUGGCUGAAGUGGUGACUUUUGAGAGAGGACACAAAAUCAUCAUCAGCUCCAGCCGGAGGAUCCAGAAAGGAGAAGAGCUUUGCUAUGACUAUAAGUUCGACUUCGAAGACGACCAGCACAAGAUUCCGUGUCACUGCGGGGCCGUGAACUGCCGGAAGUGGAUGAACUGAGCGCCUCGCGGCCUCGGCGGCGGCUUGUCCCUAGGAAGGAGCGAUUGACACACCAGUGGAAUUUCGCAGACGGAAAGAGAUUUUGUUUCCUGUUUUAUGACUUUCUGAAAACUCGCCUCUGGGAGUUCUGAUUCCCUCGGCCCUCCGGGGCGGACCAGGACCUCAGAGCAGUCCAGCACUUUUGUUUUCUUCUUCUUUCUUUCCUCCUUCUUUCUGUGGGUGGGUUUUGUUUUGUUUUGUGUUUUUGCGUCUCGCUGAGGAGACACUUUGACUGGGGCGAAGAGCCGCUGGCUGCCCUGCCCCGGGCUGGGGGCUUCCUAUGAAUGUACAGACUGAGAUCACCAGCGAAAGGGAGGCGGGGCGCCCGAAGUGCUGGCCACGGCCUUAUCUGAAACAGGGGCAGGCCCUCUAACUUAAAGAUUUUUUAAAAUAAAGUAGACACCACUGAACAAGGAAUGUACUGAAAUGACUUCCUUAGGGAUAGAGCUAAGGGGUAAUAACUUGCACUAAAAUACAUUUAAAUACUUGAUUCCAUGAGUCAGUUUAUUGUAGUUUUUGAUUUCUGUAAAAUAAGAGAAACUUUUUGUAUUUAUUAUUGAAUAAGUGAAUGAAGCUAUUUUUAAAUAAAAGUUAGAAGAAAGCCAAGCUGCUGCUGUUACCUGCAGAACUAACAGGCCCUGUUACUUUGUACAAAUAUGUAAAUAUUUUGAGAAAAAAAUACAGUAUAAAAAUAGUAUUGACCAAAUGCUACCAGGCUCUGCAGCAGCUCGGGUGCUUAUAAGAUGUUCCUAGGGAUGUCACAGUAUAAUUUUGUGUUCUUAAAUACGCCGUUAUAAUUAUGUAAUAACCAAAAUUUCAGCCUAGAGCAUUUGGGGUUUUUUGGAAACUACGGUCUAUUAGUACUCAAUUGUUUUAUACACCUUCUGAUAGAACGGAGUGUAGGCUAUGACUACGACUUUUAUAGCUGUUUUGGUAAUUUAAACUAACUUUUUCAUAUUAUAUUGUUGCAUCCCUACUUCUUCAGUCAGGUUUUUUUGUGCUUACAAUUUGUGAUAACUGUGAAUAAUGCUUAAAAAUACACCCAAAUGGAGGCUGAACUUUUUCUUCAGCGGACGUAGUUUUGACUAGAACUUUGUUUCGAGCUACAGAGAAUCAUGUAAACAUACUAGAUCAUGUAGCAGGACUCCAGCCUAACUCUAGCCUUCUGUUCAACACAAAAAUUUGAAAAGGAAAAAAAAAAACGAGCGUUGUGGUCACGCUUGCAGCUGCGGGACCCCAACGAUAGGAUUUCGGAAGAUGUAAUUUUAAAAUGUGUUUGUAUGAACUGUUUGUUUACAUUUCUUUAAUUAAAAAAACACACUGUUUUGUGUUUGCUUGUAGAAACUUAAUCAGCAUUUUGAACCAGGUUAGCUUUUUAUUUUGUACUUAAAAUUCUGGUACUGACACUUCACAGACUAAGUAUAAAUGAAGUUUUUGUGUGCACAAUUCAAGUGGGCUGUAAACUGUUGGUAUAUCAGUGACGCAGUUCUGAACUUGUAAUGUAUAUGGCAUGAUGUAUUUUUAUCUUACAGAAUAAAUCAAUUGUAUAUAUUUUUCUCUUGAUAAAUAGCUGUAUGAAAUUUGUUUCUUGAAUAUUUUUCUUCUCUUGUACAAUAUUCUGACAUCUUACCAGUAUUUGUCUUACCGGGUUUUUGUUUUCUGUUCUGUAUAAUAGUACCUAAUGUUGGCAAAAAUUGAAUUUUUUGAAGUAUACAGAGUGUUAUGGGUUUUGGAAUUUGUGGACACAGAUUUAGAAGAUCACCAUUUACAAAUAAAAUAUUUUACAUCUAUA